AUGGACGAGAAAGAAGAAAUGCCACCAAAAUCAAACAACGAUGAUGAAGAAGAAGAGAUUGUCGAAUAUGUCGAAUUUGUGUACGAUAGUGAAGACAAAGAAAUCACAGACGAAAUCAGACGAACGGUGACAAAGUUGAUUGUGCGCGGGCCUAAUGUAAAGACGAUUGGAAAGGAGGCCUUUGAGGAAUGUGAAAACCUGAGAGAAAUUGAUUUCACCGAGGAGGGGGCCUUUGUGGAAUGUGAUAAGCUGAGAGAAAUUGAUUUCACCGAGGCAACUGCGUUGGAAACGAUUGGAGAUCUAGCCUUUUGCCUAUGUCCUAGUCUCCUUGCUUUCAAGUGCCCAUCCAAUAUCAAGACUAUUGGACAGCAGGCCUUUGACGAAUGUGCUAAGCUCGAGGAAAUUGAUUUCACCGAGGCAUCUGCGUUGGAAACGAUUGGAGAUUCAGCCUUUCGCAGUUGUCGUAGUCUCCUUGCUUUCAAGUGCCUAUCCAAUGUCAAGACUAUUGGAGAGCAGGCCUUUGCGAAAUGUGAAAAUCUAAAGGAAAUUGAUUUCACCAAGGCAACUGCGUUGGAAACGAUUGGAAAUUCAGCCUUUUGGAAGUGUCCUAGUCUCCUUGCUUUCAAGUGCCCAUCCAAUGUCAAGACUAUUGGAAUGGCUGCCUUUAUGAACUGUGAAAAUCUAGAGGAAAUUGAUUUCACCAAGGCAACUGCGUUGGAAACGAUUGGAGAUUCAGCCUUUCGGAAGUGUCCUAGUCUCCUUGCUUUCAAGUGCCCAUCCAAUGUCAAGACUAUUGGAUGGAUGGCCUUUGCGGAAUGUGCAAAGCUAAAUGAAAUUGAUUUCACCAAGGCAACUGCGUUGGAAACGAUUAGAGAAGCUGCCUUUUACAAGUGUCCUAGUCUCCUUGCUUUCAAGUGCCCAUCCAAUGUCAAGACUAUUGGAGACGAGGCCCUUAUGAACUGUGAAAACCUAGAGGAAAUUGAUUUCACCAAGGCAACUGCGUUGGAAACGAUUGGAAACCAAGCCUUUUACGAGUGUCGUAGUCUCCUUGCGUUCAAGUGCCCAUCCAAUGUCAAGACUAUUCGAGAUGAGGCCUUUAGGGGUUGUGAAAAGCUAAAGGAAAUUGAUUUCACCGAAGCAACUGCGUUGGAAAUGAUUAGAAAGCUUGCCUUUAUGUUUUGUGAGAAUCUAAAGGAAAUUGAUUUCACCGAGGCAACUGCGUUGGAAACGAUUGGAAAACAAGCCUUUGACGAGUGUGCAAGUCUGCUUGCUUUCAAGUGCCCAUCCAAUGUCAAGACUAUUGGAGAGCAGGCCUUUGCAAAAUGUGAAAAUCUAGAGGAAAUUGAUUUCACCAAGGCAACUGCGUUGGAAACGAUUGGAGAUUCAGCCUUUCGGAAGUGUCCUAGUCUCCUUGCUUUCAAGUGCCCAUCCAAUGUCAAGACUAUUGGAGAGCAGGCCUUUGCGGAAUGUGAAAAUCUAAAGGAAAUUGAUUUUACCGAGGCAACUGCGUUGGAAAUGAUUGGAAAACAAGCCUUUGACGAGUGUCGUAGUCUCCUUGCUUUCAAGUGCCCAUUCAAUGUCAAGACCAUUGGAGAUGAGGCCUUCGCGAAAUGUGAAAAGCUCAAGGAAAUUGAUUUCACCGAGGCAACUGCGUUGGAAAGGAUUGGAAAGUUUGCCUUUAUGUUUUGUACAAAUCUAAAGGAAAUUGAUUUCACCAAGGCAACUGCGUUGGAAAUGAUUGGAGAUAAAGCCUUUUUCAUGUGUCCUAGUCUGCUUGCUUUCAAGUGCCCAUCCAAUGUCAAGACUAUUGGAGAUGCUGCCUUUCAGCAGUGCGAAAGUCUACAGGAAAUUGAUUUCACCGAGGCAACUGCGUUGGAAACGAUUGGAUAUGGAGCCUUUUUCGCGUGUCAUCAUCUUGAAACCUUCUACUUUGCUCCCCAUGUGACGGUUGUCCCCAAGAAUAUCCUCGCAGACUGCUUCAAUCUCCAAUCUUUGAAGAUUCCUAGUGCCAAUCCAGCGAUUCAUAUUCGAUUGCACAAAGCACUCGAGGAAAAUAAAAAGCAUUUGAUCGUCUUGAAUGAUAUAGUGAAUGUCUAUGCUUGCAAUCCAAUCAAGAACUCCGAAUUGCUGGAGAACUCGGGGGACGAAAAAUCAAUUCUUCACCAAGUGAGAGCAAUGUAUAUUGGUUCCAUUGUCGAUGGUACACGUCGUUUGGGUUCGAUUCCGGAACGCAAUGGGUGGUUGCAAUUCUUGUCGAACAAUAUGGGCGACGGAACGGAUGACCCAGACAUGAGCAAGUUAUUGGACUAUCUUGAAACUGUGGAUAUCAAAAGAGUCCGAGAGCUCGCCGAGACCAAGGAUCAAUCAGAUCGUGCUGCAAAGUCGGUGGCAUCCAAACACAUCCAAGAAGUGUUUGAAAAACGAUUGUUCUUUCUCGGCCGAUACGAUAUUGCAAGAGGACCACCCAUUCACCAGUCGGCAACUUGUGUUGUGGUCAAGGCAACGGAUGCCAAGAUGAGGGAGUACUUUGAAAAGAAGUAUGAACCAUAUGAAGGAAUAGAAGUUGGCAAGAAAUUGUUCCAGGAGAUAUUGGGCAAGAUGGAGUUGAUCCCACACGACAAGGAAAACAUCAAGGGUCUCUUCCAACGGGCAGAUGUCAAAAAAGAUGAAAAAAUUUCCAAAGAAGAGUUUGUGGACUUUUGCUUGGCCGAAAUUGGUGGGACUGUGGUUCUAAAGUUUAUGCGGAACAAGGACCAGUUUCGCCGAGAAGUGAACUGCCGCAUAAACAAUAAACUGGAUUCGAAAUAUGUGGUUGGUAGUAUCCGAAGCCAUGAUAAAGAGAGUGAUGCCAAUUUGGUCGAAUCACUAAAGGACUCAAUCCUACAAGAAGAUGGUAACGGUACAUCAUCAUUUCUAAAGAAGGAGGGUGCCAAGGCAGAGGAUUACUGCAAUGUGUUGGUGAUGCCUUAUGGAGAACGGAAUUUGGACACAAUCUUCCGAAGUGAGCGGCUCGAUAUUCUGACAAUUCAAACACUGAUGAAGGAGAUUGGAAAAGCGGUGGCACACCUACACAAGCAAGGACUGAUACAUGGGGACUUGAAGAUGUUGAACGUCAUCCGCAUAAAUGGGCACAUGGUGUUGAUUGACAUGGAUGCUUCUGCAAAGAUUGGUGAGGAUUUCGCUGGUGAGAAGUAUUCGUCCGGUGUCAUUCCACCUGAAAUGAUUUACCAGCUGGCGAACUAUAAAGAGAAGGAAAAAUAUGUUUCCUACUUCCAAGAUCAAAACAAAGAAGAGCAACAAAAGCGUGCCCCAAAGUUCACCACCAGAAGCCCCAAGAUCGGAUAUGCAGUCAAAUCAUUCUUGGGACAUGAUGAGACGACAACAUUUGAGGAUCCAGAGACUGGAAACACUGUCCCUAAAACAAAACGUAUGGUGACCUCAAAAGGUAACUUACCGAUGUUCGAGGUGGUUGGUGCGGAUAGUUCGUUCGAUGUCUGGUCUUUUGGCGUUCUCCUGUAUACGUUGUGCAGCAAGCACACUUUGUUCCAAGUGAACACUGAUGAUGAUAUCUUUGAUGGUAAUUCGAUGCGAGAGUUGUACCAUUGGGGACAAGAUGAUUUGGAAGUUGAAUCAAUUCUUGAGAAUAGCAUUCAAGAUGAUGCUGCCAAAAACCUGCUGAAGAAAAUUCUUAAACGCAAUCCCAAGGAUAGGCCUUCAAUGAAUGAAAUUCUUUUAGAUCCAUUUUUCACUGGCGAGACUACCGAUGAUGUGAAGGAAGUGGUAAAAGAAGAGUUUGGAAAGAUGAAAUCACUUGUACUUGAGAAUAGGCAAAUCAUGCAACAUGGAUUCUCCAAGAUCCACGAGUCACUAAACCGUCUAAAAAGCUACCAAGAAGCGGCCAAUACUCUUUUGAAAGGGAUCGUUCAAGGAAAGAAAGCACAGCCAAAGUUUCUUGUGAUACUUCCAGCGGCCGAACAAGACAAUCAUCAAGAGAAGCAAUUCUCUAGAUUUCUGUCGACACUGUCAAAGAUUAAGAAUCUCAGCAGCCUCACUACCAAGGCAAGGUUGUGCUUCAUUUGUCCAAUAUCGCUACAACCAGUUGUGGGAACAGAUGGCAAAGCGAUUGGGUAUGAUAUUAAAUUGGCCAAGGAUUGGAUCAAGAAGUAUGGACCUGCUAUUCUGAUUGGCCUGAAGAUUGUCCAAGCAGGACUUGCAGUGGGCCGUGGAUUCGGUCUCCCCCUUCCAUCGUUGAGUGGGACAGAAAAAGGGUUGUUGGAGACUUCGGAUCUCUUUGCAGAGAUGCAGGGUUUGUUGGUUGAUGGAAUGGGAGGCGAUGCCGAAGAGGAUGGCCUUGCGGAUAUGAUGCUUGAAAAAUUUGCAGACAGAGUCGAUAGCGCAGCCUCGGCGGAAGGUCCAGUCACCAUGAAAAAGAACCAUUUAGCCAGCAUUCAAAAGUCGUAUGAUGGCAUUGGUUUGCUCAUUGGCGACGAGGAAUUCAAAUGCUGCGGUCUUGUGCAGGCCGUCAGCAGCGAUGGGAAGGAAUAUGAAUAUGUACACCCCAAUGUGAAGCCGUUGUUUGAAAAAUUUGGGUCGAAAUGCUUGGAGAUGUCAAUGGAAGAAAGGGAAACGGAAAAUGCCAUGUUGGCUGCAGAAGCUCGAGAGGAUGGAGACAAAGAUACAAAAAAGGGAAGCCCCAAAAAUGGACACGAUGAAAUGAGGAAGCACGAGACUGCGGUUCCAGUUCCAAUUCCGGUAGCACCUUCAGACAGUAUUCCUCAAAGUGAGUUACAAGGGAUACCACAGGGCUCUAUCAACCAUGUGGUUCACAAAGGCUGGCUGCGCAUUCAAAGCGGUUGGCCUCCCUAUCUUUGGAAGCAACGAUAUGUCGUGGUCUACAACAAUUGCAGCAUUACACAGUAUCCCAAUGCUGGUUCAACUUACCUUGAUGCCAAAUGGAUAGAUAUGAAUGAUGGAACGAUGGAGCUACGGUCUGGAGGGAAAGUCGUUGCAAAAGCCAAGCUAUCGAAACGCUGUACUAGUAGUACCAUUGCCGAGUGGUGUCAAGCGAAUAACGUAAUCUUGAAUUCCGAUGAGCAAUCGACCCCCGAUUUGAAGAAUCGCAAAGCAGCCGCCACGUCCUCUCGGGCCGAUCACACUGGGAAUGUCAUCCAAUCGAACAACAAUAGUGACUGA